AUGUUCCAACCCGAUAAUGUUGUUAAAAUUGAUGAAAAAGAAUACAAUCAAAUAGGUUGCUUUAGAACAGAUUCAGGACCACUGAUAAAAAGUCUAGAAAACAACGAUCCAGUCUUGGAUGGUGAAUACACCACUCGUGAAAAGAGCGUUGAGAAAUGUCUUAACGCUGCCCGCAGGAAAGGAAACAAGAUGUUCGCUUUGAAAAACGGAGGAGAGUGCCUGUCUUCUACGGGCGGCCAUCUUGACGUUAAAACAACAUAUGAAGAGUCUGAUGAGUGCGUGAAUGACAAGGGAGGAGUUAAUGCAAUGAAAGUAUAUAUAAUAAAAGACGUAAAUAAAUUUCUCUUUACAGAAAACGACAACGCCGCCUACAAGAAACCAGCUUCCCAGUCAGGCGUAGUUAAAGAUCCUUCCUUUGCAACAGAUGGCAGUCGCUUCAAUUCACCCACAGAAACCUGUAGCCUAACCAGUUCACAGAAAGACCCGUGGUGGCGAGUUGACUUGGAAAAGGAAAUUUUAGUUCGCGAUGUACACAUCUAUAUAUUUUCUUCAUCGCAAGUGAAUUACGUGCUCGAGAUAAGAAUCGGAAAUCAUGAUGAGCCAGAUUUAAAGGAUAAUUCUUUAUGUGGAAAGUCGUUUCGUUUUAGGAGGGAAGCUUGGCGAAGAGCUCGUUGCCCUAUCCCACUGCUAGGAAGAUUUGUCACCAUAACCAGGCUCGUGGAUAACGGAAACUUAAUGCUGUGUGAGGUUGAAGUUCGACCAGAAGCAACAGAUCACGUCCAAACAAGAAUGUCUUACCCUCGUCAAAGAGGUGAUCUCUCUGUUCUCGAAAGUCAUUAUGUUGUGGGAACAGUAAACUGUUUAAGCUUUCUUUACUACAUAUCUGGAGAGGAUGUUGGCAAAUUAAAUGUCUACAUUGUUGGACAAGAUGAAGCGACAUCGUUGCUGUGGCGAUUGGCUGGUAACCAAGGAAACGAGUGGCACCCUGCUCAACUACCUGUUAAUGCUACCGAAGGUUUCAAGAUUAAGUUUGAAAGUGUAAGUGAUGAUGGAAGUUCUGGAGAAACUGGCAUCCGGGAUAUCAGGACAGGGGUGAAUUCUAGUUGCACAUGCACUCCGCUUCGGGCAUGUGCAAGACUGACAGGAUUUCACUCGGCUAUAAUCGGCCACAUACCUAGUUAUCAGGACCAGCUAAUGGAGUGGCUAUCUGAAUCAGGAUUUGGCGAUAAGUACUGGAAUCCAUGCUAUAGAGGAACAAAAGAUGGCUGGUCAAAUGCUAACUUCCACAGUAACUGUGAUAACAGAGGCCCUACAAUAACUUUGGGAAGAAAGGAUUCCUUCAUAUUUGGAGGGUUCUCUGAUCAUAGCUGGAAUGCGAUUAAUCAAGCUCAAAACGUCCCUUCAAGCAACGCGUUCCUUUUCAGUCUAAGUCCCUUCAACCCGAAUGAUGGGCCUAAAAAGCUAGCAGUGUUACCUGAGAAGAGACACCAGGCUAUUAGGAGGUACAAGCAAGGCGGCCCUUGCUGGGGAAAAGAUAAAGACGAGCUAUGUUUCAACAACCAGCAGGUUACUACAGAAAUCAAUGCUAGUGGCGUGUACGAUGUCAGCGGAAUUUCCAAUCCCACUACAUAUUUUACCGGCGAAUCUUCCUUCCAGGCUGAUGAUGUUGAGGUCUUUACAAUUGGAGAUUCUUUGUGCGAUCCACCUUGCUUGGAAGGGGAAAGCUGCGAUGAAAUCGCGGGAAAAUGUGUUUGCGAUCCAACCAGGAGAGACGAGGAAAUGUGCAGGCGACGGCAAGAGUUGCAGAAGCUUAGAGACGAACGAUGUAGUGUUCAAUGGAAUCCAAUACGAAAAAGUAACUGUUGGGGACGAUUCUUCGCUCGAUAUGACAAAGGACAUAUCUACUCUACUCCACAGUGGCGGUGUUACUAUGAAGAGGCGCUGACCAGGGAUCGCAGGCGAUAUGACACAACAAAACGAUCAUCUUGUUAUCACACAACACACAGCGAGUUGGAAAGUCUCACAAAUGAAGACAGAAAUUGUCGACCUCUUGGAAUGGGGAGCGGCGCCAUACUUGACUCGCAGAUUACAGCUUCUUCUGAAUACUCUUCUCCUCUCGCACCUCGUGGAGCGCGGCUGAAUUCUCAAGUUUAUGCGGGUUCCUGGUCGGCACUUGUUCUUGAUGUUAACCAGUGGUUGCAGGUUGAUUUCUUACAAAACGUUACGUUGUCUAAAGUGGCGACUCAGGGAAGACACGGCUAUCCCCAGUGGGUGCUAAGUUACUUGCUGUCUUACAGUAUGGAUGGAAGCGCUUUUGAAACUUACAAGCAGUGUGGUGGAGAUAAGGUGAGCUAACACAUACAUGGUUGAAAAAUUGUAUGGCCUGGGGACGAGAUUAGUCGUGCAAACGCUUGGAAGACUAUUUGGGGACCGGAAGAACGUCGUGAGUUGGUGUGUGAUUUUGUUUUUGUCUUAUGUUUGCG